CAAGGUGUUUUAGAUGUAGUAUUUUAUUUCAGCCACUGGGUGGCUUCACGUUCAUUUUUGUUACAUUAUGCAUAUAAAUCUGAGUAUUGAGUGGUGCGGCUCUCAAGACUGACUUCGUUUAGUACCUCUUUUUAUUGUGUGCGUCCAUUGAAUGAUGCCGGCCCUCAAGGACCGACUUUGGGCCUCCCUGCUCUAAAUGUAGAGCAUUUCCAGUCCUGAAGCGGAUGGGCCACAGCAGAAGGCGACCGCAUCAGCUGAUAGUUCCUCCAAGCAAAGGACAGGACGUCUGAAAGGAGAAGAAAAAGAAGGUGUUGCCUCGUUGAGAAAGGAACAAAAGCAGAACCGCGUUGGGCUUCAGCAUCAAUCUCAACAUACAUUUCUCGCCCAUCGUCAGUGUUGCUCUCACAGGGUCAGAUGGCGCCAGCUGUUAAUCGAAACGCAGCCGAGAUCGAUUAUGUGAAUCAGCCCGAUCCGUCCACUAACAGCCGUCCCGAGUUAGAGACCGGGGCAAAUCACGCUGAGUCGGGGACUAAGUUGCUCAGAGUGGUCGCUGUUGGCUUCGGAGUGCUUUGCAUCCUACAAGUUGCUCUCAAUGUUUCCCUUCGUCUGGCUCUCAACAAACCUCAGCCCACACCAGAUGAGAUGUUAUGCGGUAACGAGACUCGGGACGCGUGCGAGCUGAAGCAACAGACCAGGCAGUACCUCCAGAAAGGAUGGCUGUAUUUCCGCGACAGUUUUUAUUACAUGUCGUCCAUCAAGAAGACUUGGCCUGAGAGCCAGGAGUACUGCCAGCAGGAGGACGCCGACCUGGUGAUCGUCAACAGCAGAGAGGAACAGGUAGGCUUCUGUUACCGUGAACCAAAAAUCAUUAUCAGGCUAAAACAGAUAAGCAGAAGAUGCAAAAUAGCAAUAAUUUUUAUUUUGACUGAUUUCUGCAUUCAUUAUUAUUAUUUUUAUUUUCUGCGUAAGAACUUUAUCACACAGUUUAGCAGGAACAGGUUCACCUGGACCGGACUGCGCGAGUUAGCUGGGACCGAUCAGUGGAUAUGGGUGGAUGAAGCUCUGCUGACGGAGAGCUACUGGGGCCCCAACGAGCCAAACAGGUUGGAAAAAGAAAAUCCAAUAUGUGUGGAGAUGAGGUUCUUCGAUACUGAAAACAGCUGGAAUGACAUAUCCUGCACCACUGAAAACUUUUGGAUGUGUGAAAAAGAAGCACCUCUCUGAACAACACCAGAAAACAAGCCACAACUUGGAAAAUGAAUCAGGAAUUUAGAAACUGGUUAAUUUUCUGUUGGCACUAUAAGCCAAAAUGUAUUUUUAAAAUGAAAGCCAUCGCUUUGAUAAUUUCUGUUCAUUUCUAUCAAUCAAUCCAUCGGUCAUGUUUGUUUGUACAGCACAUUUCAGCAAAGAGGCAGUGUCAUUUCUAUUGCUAAACCAUCAAUAAAAAAAUAAUUCAACAGAAGAAAUCCGUCCUUUCUGUGUCAACGAAAGCUUUAGUUUUUAGUGAAAUGUAGUUGAAGUCUUGUAGAAUGACGU